AUGGAGAAACUAUUCAAGAACCGAGAUCUUAACGUUAGUGUGAGGACUGUUGAAAGUAAUGGGGACUUAUUACUUUACGCAAAAGAUGUAGCGGAAUCACUAGGGUACUCAAACACAAAGAAGGCAAUUCAGGUUAAUGUAUGGAAGAAAAAUAAAGUAACACUUAGGGAACUAAAUGAUGGGACCCUUAAGGGUCCCAUCAAUAUUCGCCAUCCAAACUAUGUUUUCCUAAGGGAACAGGGUUUGUACCAACUAAUAUUCAAAUCCAGACUUCCAAUAGCAGAGGCCUUUCAAAACUGGGUGGUAACGGACGUCAUUCCAUCUAUCCGUAAAACUGGAUUUUAUAGACUACCAGAACCCGAGCCGCUAUACUGCAAUCAGAUGAGACUAAUUAAUGAGACGGACCUGCACUAUGCAGUUGUAGAAUAUCUUAAAGACUACCACCCGAAAGCUUUAAUUCUACCCGGACUAGGAGAGUAUCAGGAUACAUCACAAAAGAGAUGCGACGCCUGGAAUAAGGGAUAUUUAGGUGGGCAACCUGAUCUCACAAUAGUUACUCCAAGUAAUGGUUUUAAUGGAUUCGCAAUAGAACUUAAGACCCCAAAGGGCACAGGUGAAGUUAGAGAUAAUCAGGUAGCUUGGAUAAGAGAGUUAGGUAAAAACGGAUUCCGAACACUAAUAUCCAACAACUACACAGAGAUAGUGCUAUUCAUAGAUGAGUACUUUAGAGUUGAUAAUACAAAGAAACUCAUAAAUGAAAUAGAGAAUCUUAAGAUAAAGUGUAAGACCUUAGAGUAUAGUAAGUGUAAAGAAGUCGUAGUUCAAAGGAUUGGUUACACAGUCGGUAAGUACUAG